ACAUAUUAUUUCCAAAUAUAGUUUCUACGGGAUAGCCACUUAGUGUUGAAAGUGCCUACCUGAAUUCCUCACACUGUUAUAAAUGAAUGUAUACACUGCCUGCCGAAUUCCCUUUCAUGGUAUGUUAGUAAUGUGGAACUAGCUAAACACACCUACGCUGUGGACUCCUGUGAUUACGAAACGAAGCCCAUAAUUACUCGACCACGCUCCUCUUAAUGACCACUGAGACAUUAUGAGCAAACAUAUACAUAAUUCCGUCUGAUAUCGAACUAGUUUGAUUUUCUUGGCUGCUGCACCAAAUGUUCUUACUUUCUCAGUUGAUACCUCAAAAGUAUUCUCAAAGUGAGUGAUGAAUGCAUGCUUGAUUUGAAUGGCGCAUAUUUUUUUUAUUGUUUGCUCUCACAAUCCGUAUAAUUUGUGGGAAUUUGAGGAAUUCUGAAGUCAUUUAAUUUCCGUUAUUACACAAAAAUUCAUCGAAAUAGUAUAUCUGUAAUUUACGAGAAGUCGUUUGACAUUAUAAGUAGUUAUACAUGAACAUCUAGCUCGUGUAGCGUAUAUAUCUAGUGAAGCGAAUAAUUCCAUGCGUGCUUUACGCAGGUGGCAGGCCUAGGUUAAGUAAAUAUGGUAGAUAGAAAUUUUGAAAGAAGAAGAGUUUUUAAUGUAAAUAAUAUAAAGAUUUUAUAGUGGAAUUGAUUCUUAAUUAAGAACUGUCUUUGUCUGUUACUUUACCAAAUGAGUGGCAACGACAGGGGGUAUUUUGCUGAACCGUAUGAACGAAGUGAAGGUAAUCGUGCUUAUUCUCCUCAAUAUGAAUGGGCUGAUCGCAGAAAUCGCGAAAUUGUAAGUCCGAGAGAAGAAAGAUAUACUAAAAGACGUUCCCCCACGUCUCCCACCACAUAUCGAACAACUGAACAGAAUCCGUCCAGCUAUGAUGAUCAGACUAGAUUAAGAAAUUAUUACGGAGAUGGUUCUAACUCGCAAUCAAAUGAUUAUGGAGGUAAUACCUCAAAAGCGUAUCAACAAAGUGAAAAGCAAGCGAAUUACCAGGGCUCGUAUGGACAAAAUGAAUAUAACAAAAAUAGUUCGCAAAUCUAUUCUCAAAAAACCUUGAGUCCUCCAAGUUAUCGUAAAAAUGAAUACGAAAAUACCGCUGGAUAUGGCCAGCCUGGUGAAAACGAAUAUAACCGUACUAAUGCUGGUUCUUAUGGAGAAACCAGUGGGAAGAGUAGACAUUCCCCUGCGUACGAAUCUACUAGCAGAAGUGGUAGGUCGGCCCCCUCUGAAUCUUUCAGAACUAGUCAAAAUGAACAAUCAGGAAAGGCGCCUAACAACGAUCGAGAUUCUUACCGUCAUCGAGACUACAAUAAAGAUAUACCUAGCGCGAAACGUGAGGAUGAAAAUACUAAAAACAGUAGUGCUAAACACAAAAGUAAAAGAUCAGGUAGAGAAGUUGGUAAAAUAAAAUCAUCGAGCAAAGACUCGAAUAAUUCCUACGGGGAUACGUCCUUUGACAGAAGAUUGUCCAAUUCAAUCGCAAUGGCUAACGCUCACGAAAGAUAUAAAAUUAAAAAUAACAGUAAAGAUAGCAUCGAAGAUGACGGCAGCCGAUCAUUUGAUCGAAGAUUAUCGAACUCGAUCGCUCUUCCCAAUGUCCAUGAUCCUACCAAGCGAAACAAAACUUCGUCGAUACCAAAACAAACAAAGACUCCAACCAACACACCCAUUAGAACGUCAACGAAGGAACAACCAUCCAAAAUAAUUAUAGACGAACCUGUCUCAAAUCUAGAUGUGACUGGUGAAAAAGCGCGAUUGCUGUCGGUUCGUAGGCUGGACACUCCUGAUCCGCAACGAAGAAUGAGUGACGCAAAUGAAUCAGACACUUCAUCUACAAUAUCUGAUUCCGACGAUUCUCCUGAUGUGUUUUUACCAAAAAGAUAUAUUUUAGCUAUUAUGAUGUUCUUAGGUUUCGUGAACAUGUAUGCGAUACGUGUCAACUUAAAUGUAGCAAUCGGAGCUAUGGUGAAUAAUCACACAUUAAUUAAAGGAGGUGUGGCCUCGGUAGAAGCUCCAGAAUUUGAUUGGUCGUCUAGAUUGCAAGGUGUUGUGCUCGGUUCGUUUUAUUAUGGAUACAUGGUGCUUCAAAUACCCGCCGGCUAUUUUGCGAUGAGAUUCGGUGGAACGAAAAUAUUCGGCGUGGCAAUCUUCUUAGCAUCCCUUUUUACACUUGUAACGCCCUUCGCAGCAAGGUUCAAUGUCUGGGCGUUAGUCAUUCUGCGAGUCUUAGAAGGAUUGGUGUUGGGUGUCAUGUUGCCAUGCAACCAUCAGAUCUGGAGCUUGUGGGCACCUCUCCAAGAGCGAACCACGUUAGUAACCAUAGCAAUUGCUGGCAUGAACGUAGGAACGGUAGUCACCAUGCCUCUAACUGGUUUAUUGACUAAAUAUGGUUUUGAUGGAGGCUGGGCAUCAGUGUUUUAUUGUUUUGGAGUAUUUGGAAUAUUGUGGUUCGGUUUAUGGGUAUGCAUUGCUCACCCCUCUCCAGCAUCGCAUCCCACCAUCUCGAAAAAAGAAAGAAAAUACAUCGAAAAAAAUGUAACCACAAGAAAGAGCAUGAGUAUCCCAUGGAAAGCAAUGUUAAAAUCGAGACCAGUAUGGGGUGUGAUCAUCGGAAACGUGGCAAACGAUUGGGGCUUGUACACUAUCUUGAUUUGUUUGCCUCUAUUUUUGAUGGACAUUAUGAAAUUUAACGUGCAAACUAUGGGCUUCAUAGCAUCGCUACCAUUUUUAUUGAAAGCUAUUGUCGGACCAGUAGGUGGAUUAAUAGCGGACAUUCUUCGUUACAAAUACACCAGCACAGCUAACGUAAGAAGAAUCUUUUAUGCUAUAGGCGCAAUGUCGGCUGCCGUAAUGAUCGUCAUCGCCGGGUACAGUCACACACCUACCAUGGCUGUGAUCAGCAUGUGUAUAGGCGUUGCCUUGUCAGGUUUGCUACACAGUGGCUAUGAAGUUAAUGUGUUGGAUAUUGCACCAUGCUUAUCUGGAGUAGUCAUGGGUAUCUCGAACACUGCUGGAACUACUACUGGCUUCUUGAGUCCGCUUCUUGUUGGAUAUAUGACAGAAAACAAACUUCGAUCAGAAUGGGUGACUGUAUUUUGGAUCACAUUUUUCAUCUACCUUAUUGGAACUGUUUUAUUUUGUUUGUUGUUAUCUGGAGAAGCACAACACUGGGCACUCGAUGAGGAUGAUGACAAAGAACACGAUGUUCAUCGAAGACCAUAAAUUAAUAGUCUUUUGCUAUGAAGUUUUACACAAAAGCAAUCAAGAUGAAGAAUUACUGUCAAAGAUACGGCAACAUAAGGGUCGUGCUCGUAAAUCUUCGUAAAUAAUAAUGAACAGAAUAAUAUAGACAGUUAAUUGACACUAAUGAAAGUAAUUUAAUUUUCGGGAAAAAUAUAUUUUAUAUGUAAAAUUGCAAUUUGCAUUUAGUUUGACGAGAGAGAUUUUCUAAUUGAUGAUCUCAGUUGCGUGAGUUACCAUUAAAGCUGUCUCUUAACUUAUUUUUUUAAAUAUCUAUAAAAAAGAAAUUGCAAA